GGAAACCGGAGGAGAACAGAGCGUAGAGGAGGGAGGAAGUAAACAUGGCGGUCUCAGAGUUCCUCAGUGAAGCAGAGCUGCUGAAACAAGGGGCAGAAGCUCGGGUAUACCGGGCGGAGUUUCUGGGAAAGCCAACGAUAGUGAAGGAAAGGUUCCCAAAACGCUACAGGCACCCAGCGUUAGACGAAAAGCUGACACAUCGCAGAACCGCGCAGGAGGUCCGCUCCAUACUGCGGUGCCGGAGAGCAGGCAUAUCUGCCCCUGUAGUCUACUUUGUGGACUAUACCUCCCACUGUAUUUUCCUGGAGGAAAUUGUGGGCUCCUCAACUCUGCGCGACCACAUCGCAUCUGCUCAGCAGUCUGAAUCCUGUAAGGAGCCAAAUUUGCAGAGGCUGGCUGAGAAAGUGGGCCAGAUCCUCGCCAAAAUGCAUGACGAAGAUGUCAUUCACGGAGACCUGACCACCUCCAACAUGUUGCUGAGACACACCCCAGAGGGUGGAGAGUCUGACCUGGUUCUCAUUGACUUUGGUCUGAGUUACAUCUCUGCUCUUCCUGAGGAUAAGGGGGUGGACUUGUAUGUGCUGGAGAAAGCCUUCCUCAGUACCCACCCCAACACAGAAGAACUGUUCGAGAAGCUGCUGAAGAGCUACGCUGCUUCGUCCAAGAAAUCAUCAGCUGUCAUUAAAAAGCUUGAUGAGGUUCGGUUGAGAGGGAGGAAGAGGUCCAUGGUGGGAUGAAGAUACAUGCUGUGUACAGAGGCAAGCUUCUGGGAUUUCAUAUCACUGAAAUUAUGACAGUGUUGUGCAGAGACUGAGUCUGUAAAUUAACACCAUGCAAUAAAAAUGCAAUUCAAUAUCAAA